AACACAUUAUGCUGGUUUUAGUGCGCAAACCUGCAGCCCCACUCACUGCGGUUGUGGUGGAUAACACGUUUUGCCUCAUCACGCUUAGAGAAAACAAAAUGCUGCCUUCCCUUCAGCCAAAAAGGGAAAGUUCAUCUAGCUUAUAUGAGGCCAUCACACCUGAUCUUGUGAAGCCCUUUGGCGUUGUCGCACAGAUGGGUGUCAGCUGUAAUUGGGGGAGUGGUUGAACCAAGCGUCCAGAUUUUUGAGCAGCCCAGACAGAGAGGCAUGCGCUUCAGGUACAAGUGUGAAGGGCGUUCUGCAGGCAGCAUCCCAGGAGACAAGAGCUCAGACAACAACAGGACCUACCCCAGCAUCCAGAUCCUCAAUCACUGUGGAAAGGGCAAGGUGCGCGUGUCACUGGUGACCAAAAGUGAGCCUUACCGGCCACAUCCACAUGACCUUGUGGGCAAGGACUGCCGAGACGGCUACUAUGAGGUGGAGUUCGGGCCUGAGCGCAGGGUCAUUGCCUUUCAGAACCUGGGCAUCCAGUGUGUCCGGCGACGGGAGGUGAAGGACGCCAUCAUACAGCGCAUGACUCGCGGCAUCAACCCCUUCAGUGUUCCACGAGAGCAGCUUCUACAGACAGAAGAGUAUGACCUGAACGUGGUGCGUCUUUGCUUCCAAGUGUUCCUACAGGACGAGAGUGGUCAGUUCAGCAUUGCCCUGAACCCUAUCGUCUCCAACCCCAUCUACGACAACAGAGCCCCCAACACAGCGGAGCUGCGCAUCUGCCGUGUCAACAAGAACAGCGGAAGCGUCAAGGGUGGCGAUGAGAUCUUCCUGCUCUGUGACAAAGUCCAGAAAGACGAUAUCGAGGUGCGCUUCUUCUGUCAAAGCUGGGAGGCCAAGGGUAGUUUCUCGCAGGCGGACGUCCACCGUCAGGUGGCCAUCGUGUUCCGAACGCCGCCCUACUACACCACAUCGAUCACCACGCCGGUGACUGUGCGUAUGCAGCUGCGACGCCCCACCGACCAGGAGGUCAGUGAGCCCAUGGAGUUCCGCUACCUGCCGGACGACAAAGAUCCUUAUGGCUGCCAGGAGAAGAAGAGGAGGAGGGAAGACCUGAUGAAGAGUUUCUCCAGUUUCCAGCAUUUUAAUCCAAUGAAUCGACCCAAGGUCAUUCCACAGACCAGCGUGAUGUCCCAAUUUAUUAAAAAGGAACCUCAAAAUGCAUUCACCAGCUAUGUCAAUAGUGGUUUGGUGAGACAACAUGGCUACCCCUACCAGCCUGGCACUCAGCGCCCCAUGAUGCAUCACUCCCAGCCACUGCAACCCUCCGCCAUGCAAGUCAACCACUGGCAAGCGAACCCCAACCUUAGCCUGGACAGCAUCCGCAUGAGCACGUCUGUCUCGAACACAACUGUUAGCCACAGCAACGGGGCUAGCAUGCAGCAGCAGCUGCUGCACUCAAGCUCAGCCUACACUGGCACGGGUGAAAGCACCGGCAACAACAGCCUCCCUCAGCUCAGUGUGGGUGACCUGGCCUGCCUGGAUGCUGAUCCCCAGGGCGUCGUCGCCGCCGCUAUGGGUCAGAUCCGACAAGAGAACCAGGGUCCAUUUGGCCGAAAGGCCACAGCAGCUUCCGACCAGGUGAUGAUGCAGUCCACCUGGGGCAACACUGUGCAGCAGUCCUGUACUGCCUCCAUGAACGGUGGCGGUGGCUUUCCCUUCAUGGAGAACUUCGAAGGGGACUUCAUACAGAACCUCCUUGGGAACCAGGUGAGCACCAGCCUCCCAAAGCAGGAGCAGCCCGUGGCCAUGACGGUCCAGGCACCCUCCGCCUCCGCCACAGCAGACUGCCAGCAGUCCUACACCACCCUGCACUCCUGCUCCGCCAACAACAGCAGCGCUCAAGAGGCCUUGAGGCAGGUUGUGGGCAAGGCUGCCAAUGGCCAAAGCACCAUAGACCAAGACGCCCUGUGGUACUUCCAAGACCAGGCCCAGCUGUAGUCCAGUGGUGAAGGAGGUGGUCUUAAGGUGGCUGUUUGAAAAACAAGUCUUGUCAGAUGGAGAAUGUAGUUUAUUUGAUAAAGAAAGUAAAUCAGUAUGUGCAUAAGUAGUGUAAGGUGGUUCUCUUCGCUGAUCUCGUCCGGUUGUCUCUUUGGAUGAAUGUAGGAGGUGUUCUGGUGCUCUUUGUCAUUGAGUUACUUGUCCACGUCUAACUGGGGAUUGAGGUGAGAACAAGGGUUUAAUGGCAGUUUUCUUUGAUGUGUAUAUACAUAAAACAUUAAAGCUGUUGUUACUUGUAUUGAAAAAUGAAAUUGCAAAACUGUCAAUAGUGGCAAGAUAAUUAUGUUCCAACUGGAAAUUUUAAAGUAAUGGCUAUGUCAUAUCGAAAACAUGUUUUCCAGAGUUCUCAAAGUGACACAAAUGUGCUUCAAAUAUACAUAAAUAGAGAAGGUAAAUGGCUGAGUUUUAACCUAAGUGGAAUUGUAAUGAUGAUUGAACAACAGUGACACUCAAAUGUUUGUCUGAGUGUCAAUUUUGUCUUGUUGCCCUAGCAACAUUGUCUUUUCUUCCAUUUGAUCUGUUUUAUGGCACUGGCUUGUAACUAUUUUUUUGUCUUUAUAUGCAAUAUUAUUGUUAUGGAUGUUAAAUGAAAUCGUUUUAUAUUCAGAACAGUCUUUUUGUUUCAAAUGUUUUUCUUAAUAAAAAAAAGAUUUUCAAUUA